GCUGCUGCGUUCAAUCACAGCGUCCCUACUGAUAUAGUGCUAUACCAACUCCAGCAUGAGGGAGGGGGGAUUCAAAUUGUAUUCACUGGAAAAACUACAGUACAAAUAGCUCAUUUACGAUGUUAGAAUUGAAAGUAUUGUUAAUUUUUAAUUAAAAAAUAUCACAAUUCCAUUUGCCGUCCAUAUUAGAUGAAUUGCCAAACCGAACUAAACGGUUUAUAUUUUGCUAUUGGUAUAUUCCUCGUUCUGCAGCGCCUCCCUCGUUCUGUGGAAGGCAGACAAACACUGAGAUAGGAGAUUUGGAGUGGCUGCUAACGGCUCUCGUGUGAAGAGAAGAAAGGACACAUUCACUGACGGGACAGUCUGAGCAAGUGAUUAGAGCCGUGCUGCAGAUCCCACUGACAAUACCUGAAGACUGCCUUAUCUUGGUGAAAAACAAGGAACAAAGAUGGAUUAUUUUUACAUUAAACAGGAGGAGGUUCUGGAAUUUGAUCCUUUCCACAUUAAAGAAGAAACUGAACUGGAGCCUGUCCACAUUAAAGAGGAAGAGACUGAACUGGAGUCUGUCCACAUGAAAAAAGAGACUGAACUGGAGCCUGUCCACAUUAAAGGGGCAGCAGUGUGGAGUAGUGGUUAGGGCACUGGACUCUUGACCGGAGGGUUGUGGGUUCAAUCCCCAGUGGGGACACUGCUGUUGUACCCUUGAGCAAGGUACUUUACCUAGAUUGCUCCAGUAAAAACCCAACUGUAUAAAUGGGCAAUUGUAUGUAAAAAAAAUAAUGUGAUAACUGUAUAAUGUGAAAUAAUGUAUAAUGUGAUAUCUUGUAACAAUUGUAAGUCGCCCUGGAUAAGGGCGUCUGCUAAGAAAUGAAUAAUAAUAAUAAUAAUAAAGAGGAAGAGACUGAACUGGAGCCUGUCCACAUUAAAGAAGAGGCUGAACUGGAGCCUGUCCACAUUAAAGAAGGGGAGUCUAUUGACUUGUUGCUUAAGGAUUCAGAAAGCAUAUCCCGGCCAAAGAUGUUUUAUCAAUGUACUGAAUGUGGGAAAAGCUUAAGUCGGUUAGGACACCUAAAAAGACACCAGCGAAUUCAUACUGGAGAGAAGCCGCAUCACUGUAUUGUAUGUGGGAAGAGUUUCACUCAGUCAGGAUCCCUGAAAAGACAUCAGAAAAUUCACACUAGAGAGACACCGUAUCACUGUUCUGAAUGUGGAGAGAGCUUCGGUCAUAUAGAAAUCCUAAAAAUACACCAACGAUUGCACACUGGACUGCCUUAUCUUGGCGAAAACCAAGGAACAAAGAUGGAUUCUGUUUACGUUAAACAGGAGGUGGUUCUGGAAAUGGAUCCUUUCUGCAUUAAGGAAGAAACUGAACUGGAGCCUGUCCACAUUAAAGAAGAGGAGACUGAACUGGAGCCUGUCCACAUUAAAAAAGGGGAUUCUGUUGACUUGUUGCUUAAGGAUUCAGAAAGCAUAUCCCGGCCAAAGAUAUCAUAUCAAUGUACUGAAUGUGGGAAAAGCUUAAGUCGGUUAGGACACCUAAAAAGACACCAACGAAUUCAUACUGGAGAGAAGCCAUAUCACUGUAUUGUAUGUGGGGAGAGUUUCAGUCAGGCAGGAACCCUAAAAAGACACCAGCAAAUUCACACUGGAGAGAAGCCGUAUCGCUGUACUGAAUGUGGGGAGAGCUUCAGUCGGUUAGGAAGUCUAAAAAGACACCAGCGAAUUCACACUGGAGAGAAGCCGCAUCACUGUUCUGAAUGUGGGAAGCGUUUCAGUCAUAUAGAAAGCCUAAAAAUACACCAGCGAAUGCACACUGGUGAGAAGCCGUAUCUCUGUUCUGAAUGUGGGGAGAGUUUCAGUGUGUUAGCAAACCUAAACAUACACCAGCGAAUUCACACUGGUGAGAAGCCGUAUCUCUGUUCUAAAUGUGGGAAGAGUUUCAGUCAGCUAGGAAGCCUAAAAUUACACCAGCGAAUGCACUCUGGAGAGAAGCCGUAUCACUGUACUGAAUGUGGGGAGAGUUUCAGUGUGUCCGCAAACCUAAACAUACACCGGCGAAUUCACACUGGAGAGAAGCCGUAUCACUGUAUUGAAUGUGGAAAGAGUUUCAGUCAGCUAGGAAGCCUAAAAAUACACCAGCGAAUGCACUCUGGAGAGAAGCCGUAUCACUGUUCUGAAUGUGGGGAGAGUUUCACUGUGUCAGCAAACCUAAACAUACACCGGCGAAUUCACACUGGAGAGAAGCCGUAUCACUGUAAUGAAUGUAGGAAGAGCUUCAGUCAAUUAGGAAGCUUAAAAACACACCAGCGAAUUCACAAUGGAGAAUAGCCAUAUCACUGUUCUGAAUGUAGGGAGCUUCAGUCAGUUAGGAAGCCUAAAAACACACCAGCAAAUUCAUAUUGGUGAGAAGUCGUAUCACUACCAAUUGUUGCAAGACAUUUGCUUUCACCAGUCAGCUGAAAAAGUGUAAAUGCCAGUUUUGAAAAUGCAGUUGAAACUGAUAGAAAUCAAUAUUCAGCAGUAUUACAGUGGUCUUUGUUUUCGGUCCUUCCAGUCCAGGUCUUUGUUUCAACCAGAUUGUAAAUGAAUGAAUCAACCUUCUUAUAAAUCAUUCAGGACCUCAUUUGAAGUGAGGGCCACUGCUCUAUACCAAUCAAACCUGUGUGAUGCUCCAGUGAUAAUUUAUUUUAAAGAAACCUGUUUCUGUGCCAACCUAAGUGGAUGUAAUCAUGCUUUAGUAUACAUGAGAGGAUGAGUGUGAGCCAAAGCAGCUGUCAAAUGUGUGCUUGUAUUUUGAUCCUCAAAUUUAUUUGAUAAAAGUAUAUUGAUUUUCUUAACAGUGAAAAAUAGUAAACUGUGUAAUUGUGUUCUUUCAAUAAAAUAAUCUUGUUCUCUUGA